UGUUGUGCACAGACUGACUGUUGCUUAGCUUGUCGAAAGCCUGACUUUGAAACUCUUGAACCUGAAAUCAUGGCCCAGGACAUGACUCUGCUGUGGGGCUCCGGCUCGCCUCCCUGCUGGAGGGUCAUGAUCGCCCUGGAGGAGAAGAAGCUGCAGGGCUACAACAGCGUGCUGCUGUCCUUCGAGAAAAUGGAGCACAAGUCCCAGCAAGUGCUCGACAUUAAUCCCAGGGGACAGGUUCCAUCAUUCAAACAUGGAAAUGUUAUUGUUAAUGAAUCCUACGCAGCCUGCUUUUACCUUGAGAGUCGGUUUAAAUCCCAGGGAACCAAGCUGAUCCCAGACGAACCCGAGGAGCAAGCGCUGACGUACCAGCGCAUGUUUGAGGGCCUCUCGCUCUACGACAAACUGAGUGCGGUCAUCUUCUACGACUACUACGUUCCCGAAGGGGAGCGGCUCGAGUCGGCUCUGAAGAGAAACAAGGAGACCCUGGUCACUGAGCUCAAACUCUGGGAGGGUUACCUGGAGAAGCUGGGCUCUGGUUCUUACUUGGCAGGAAAGGAUUUCACAAUGACGGACGUGGUUGUUUUCCCAACUGUUGCCACUGCGUUCAGAUUUGGGCUCUCUGCUGGGCGUUACCCCAAACUGGGGGCGUACCACGCUCUGAUGAAGGAGAGGCCCAGCAUCAAGGCCAGCUGGCCUCCUCAUUGGCUGGAGAACCCCAAGGGACAAGACACCCUGAAGGACAUCUGAACUGGACCGGGUCCAGUCACUCACGAGAGGAGCCUUGUAGUUCAGCUGUAAAUCAGAUCUUCUGGUAAUCAAGAAUGACUAACACAAGAUUCCAAUUUUGUUCUCUGAAAGGUCAAAAAGUUUCAAAAAUGGCAUCUCCUGAACAUUUCUUUUUUCUUUUUUUUUUUUUUGACAAAAGAUGAUUUUAGUUUCUGCUCAGGAUGCCGGUGCCGUUUGUUGGUCUCCUUUCACUAAAGCUGCAUCUCUUACGAUCCGUUUUCAUUUCUGCAUAGAAAAAAGUGUCUAACAAUUUUCCUCUUCCCACAAGUUAGUUCUGCUUCAAGUUUUCUACACAACUAGAGGCUAGCCAAAGAAAUGUUGCACUAUAAAAAACAAACAGUGGGGCCAUGAUUGUGGAAUAGGUCAAAUAAGGUCGGUGUGUUUGAAGGUGUUCAAAGUAUGACUGCAAGAGAUAAAAAUGUCCUGUUGCAGAAGAUCCAUGUUAUCUGGUUUAUCGUUUGAAAAUCAUUGUCAGAAACUGAUUUGCGCUUCCCGAAGGUGACUCGACUGUUUCUUGCUGCAAUGACUUAGCAUAAAUCAGUCCUUUAAAAUUGCGUCCUUUGCAUAAUUUUGCACUUCCUGUUCAGCUCUCAGACCAUCUGUGACCCGGCUGUGUGCUGUAUGUAGACCUCACUAAAAUGUGAGUGCGAGUCUCUUCUCACUGUAAACAUGACAUCAUGUUCUGCACGUUUGGAGAAACUGGCACUAUGUUUUUGGGUAUUCCCUGGUUUGUUUCUCCCCCCCGUUAGCCUCUUUAUUAAAUGUGACAUUUACCAGUUUAAUAAAACAGUUGACAGAA